UCAUUAUCGGUGUAUCAUAGAUGGGUCAAAGAUUCAGAGAUAGAAACCCCUUCGAGUCAGGUCAUCUCCGAUUGAGUCCUUCUUGGUUCCAUGGUUCCAUCUUUUACUGCUUUGGAACCCUUUCCCGUUCCGGCGCUCGGCUCGCUCCCUCCUGGUCGGGUCAUCCGAAAGCUCCAGCUAGACACAACUACUUACUCGUUACAUGUCCCGCCCGCAGCUGCGACGUAAAAAAAAUCAGAAAGGUAAAAAAAGAAAACAAAAAAAUACUGCAAGCAACAGGAGAGGGUCUCCAACCCCGAGAACGGACUGGUUAGUCAACCCACAUCCCUCACGAACUGGAUCGCUGUCCUCUGGGGCGUACAGAACCAGUGUUUCUGCAACGCAGACGCUUCUGCAGCGCUUGUCUGUCGGUCAGUGGUCAGAUUACACCGCGUCUUUACCAGUCGUAUGGCGUCUUCUCUUUCCAGUCGACCGACCUUAUCGGGGUUCCCUUUGCUCACUGCCGAGGAAUUUGAAACUGCCUGUCACGCCUUUCUAGAUCGGAUUCACGUGGUGGAUGAUACCAAGGUGGGAUGGUCCUCCAUCCGUCUCGAUCAGCGGGCAACCGGGCCCAUCUUGAGUAUUGCAAGGGAUAUCGGUCAUGUGGAUACUCUUGAUCGCGACGAGCCCCUCCCGGACCCAGAGAUGAUCGAAGAACUACAGUGGGAGGCCUCGGAAGAAGAUCCCGAAGCUCUCAUUCGUGCGCCCGAGACGAGUGUCCGUUUACAGGUAAUCUAUUAUAUUCUGCUUUCUCCCACGUACCACGUCCCUGUCUUGUAUUUCCAGUUACGGCAGGACAACCAUCCGGGGCCGCUGGGAAUUGACGCGGUCUACCAACACCUGGUACCGGAACAAUACAGAAAGGAACUCCAGAGCAUUGGCAUCAUGGGUGGUAUUAGUUUUGGCUAUCAUCCAGACUCCGGAACUCCAGCGUUUUUCGUUCAUCCAUGCCAAACAACGGAUGCGAUGAGGCACAUUGCAGGACAGCUCUGUCUCACUUCCGAGACUUAUCUCAUGAUCUGGCUCGGGUUGGUGGGUAACCGUCUCGGUCUUCAGCUGCCCAAGGAACUCUUCACAGUCGAAGGCAUGAGGACAUUCCAAGGCACUGCGUCACACAGUUUAGAUUGAUCCAGAGUACUUCCUCCCCUCUCAGGUUGGAUCCCCCUGGCCUGGCCAACGUAUUCCCGGUACAUAAGCGAAGCAAUUAAUCUUCAUCCGAUGAAGCUUCCAUUGGCACAUCACUGUCCUCAUCCAUAGGGGCUUCCUCUUCGUCGCUCUCCUCCUCACGAGGCCGUUUGACACCUUGGCCUGCUUGA